CUACUGCAAAGGUGCGGAUGCUGUGGUUCUAGAGCGUUUACAAAAAAGCAAUAUGCAUGAAGAUAGCACAAAGCAAGCACUUGAGGUUAGUGCUGAUGGGCCAUUCACUGUUUACUUACAAAUUUUCAAUCUUUUGAACUUUUUUGACCAUGUAAUACAUAUUUUUGAACUUCUGUAGUUGCAUUCAGUUUGUAUGUUUCUUUACCAUGACCUUGUUGAAGAUGACGUGAAAAUAAUGAAUGGUUAUUUAGACUUUGUUUGUGCUGGCAGGUUUUUGCUCAGAGCUGUCUACGGACAUUUUGUGUAGCUGUGCGCUCUGUAUGUGAGGCUCAGUGGGUGGAGUGGAGUCAUGCUCUCCGGCAGGUUGCCAUUGCAACCACUUGCCAAGAGAAUAUGCUGGAGGAGCUACAUGACCGAAUGGAAAGAGAACUGACGAUCCUUGGGGUGGCAGCUAUUGAAGACCGUCUACAAGAAGGUGUCCCAGAGACCAUUGUCAGCCUCCGGCAGGCAGGGGUGAAAGUGUGGAUGCUGACCGGAGAUAAGACUGAAACAGCUGUGAAUGUGGGUUAUGCCUGCAAGUUGAUUGAUCCAGAUACAAAACUGUUUCAAGGCGAGGAGCUCAGAGAGAUUCUUCAGUCUCCAUGUCAAGAAUUGUGUUUCAAUAAAAAUAAAGUGUCUCAUGUUUGGAGCACACACAAAAUGUCUCAAUGGAGAAAAUCUGCCGUUGUUGUUGAUGGAUUUGAACUUGUGAGUAUCAUGUAUACGUCAAUCUUUACUGAGCAUUUUGUCAAGUAAUGUCAGAAGAAACAGAGCCACUUCACAAACACUGUUCUAAGGUAACAAGGAAUAUGCUGCACAUUUUCUGACAGUCCCAUUUAUCCCAGUAUUCAUCUUAACUUUUCUAAUAAAUACGAGGCAGCUUGUUUUCCAGUGUGGACACAGCAAAAAAAAAAGUUUAUAAAAAUUAAAGGAGGUGGAACUUCAAAGCUUAUUGGAAAAUUGUAUGUUACUCUAUAGAUGACUAUGGAAUCAAUUGUUUGUCCAAAGUAUUCCAUUCAAGUUCCAUAGUUUGUAAAUGUCUGAUUACAGUAUUACAUCAUAUCCACCCCAAAACUCAUUCUGUUUGUUUUUUAUAGGAAAAUCUGAUCAAGACACCUGAGUUGGGUGCCAGGUUUGUGUAUUUGUGCAACCAGUGCCAGUCAGUGCUGU